AUUAUAUAGUGAAUACCAGUGUUCAUUGAUCAAUCAUCAAUAUUUAGUUAUAUUCUCAUAUUCAUUGGACACAUUUGAACGACAGACAUGUAUUGAUUGAACACCCCUUUAUUUAACAUGUUACACUAGUUAGUAUGGGAUAGAAUGGCGGAAAACAAGAAUGUAUCGAUAGUUGGUGAAAUAGAUGGGCUUAUUCGAAGAUUGACUGAUUUAAAAGAGAGGGCAAAGAAUUGUCCAGUGAGUAUAGAAAAUGAAGGAUUUGCCGGGUGUUUAGAAAAUAUACACAGCCUUAUCGGUGAUAUAGAGACAUGUUUGAAUAAGGAAACUCAUUUGGACAUUCAGGAUCUAGAAUUAGAUAUUGGUGAUAGAGAAACUAGAGCACAGUUGGAGCCAGUGUCCAUUAAUUUAUGUAGUGAUGUGGAUGAAGACGAUGGAGAAUCGUUAUCUCUUCACGAAGAGGAUGAUUGGGGGGACAGUGAUGGCAUUGAUGCUGUAUUAUCUCAAGUUGACGUAGACGCUUUAGUAUUUAAUGAAAGUUUUCAAGACAGGGAUGACAAUUCUUUUCGAGAAGGAGAUGAUACGACCUUAUCUUGUUCUGAGGACGUAAAACCUGAUUCAAAGUACACAGAUUUUUUAAAGGCGCAUUUUGGUUAUUCUAACUUCAGGCCGUUGCAGUGGGCAAUAAUUAGCUCAAUUAUUGAUAUGAAGAGAGAUGUCUGUGUUGUCAUGUCUACAGGUUACGGCAAGAGUUUAUGUUAUCAAUACCCUGCUAUUUAUACUGGUAAAACUACCAUCGUUGUCUCACCGUUGAUCUCGUUAAUGCAAGAUCAAGUACAGAAACUGGGAGUAUUCAAUAUUUCGGCAUGUUAUCUUGGCUCAGCACAGACUAAUCAUGCAGAAGUGAAGAACGGUGUCAUGAGAGGUAACUAUCGCAUCGUGUACGUGACGCCAGAAUACAUUUCAACAGAUGCAGAUUUUCUAAAAAAUGUGCAUAAAAAUAUUGGUAUUGCAUGUGUUGCGAUUGACGAAGCUCAUUGUGUCUCUCAGUGGGGUCAUGACUUCAGAGUGUCUUACAGGAAUCUGGGAGAUAUCAAAACUAGGUUUCCAGAUAUUGUUGUCGUAGCUUUAACUGCAACAGCAACUGCUAUGGUACAGAAGGAUAUUUGCACUUCUUUAAAACUGAAAAAUCCUCUGCAAGUACAGACAAGUUUUGACAGACCAAACCUGUAUCUUGAGGUAAACAAGAAAUCUAAUGUUGAACAAGACUUGAGCCCUUUUCUCACGGAACUGUCCAGAGGUACGAAAUCAUUCGACGGUUCCACCAUCAUUUACUGUCCUACAAAAAAAGAAACCGAAAAUGUUGCUCGUGUUUUGAGAGGUAUUGGAGUGAAGUGCGAGGUUUACCACGCUGGCUUGGCCAACAACAAACGAACGACUGCUCAUCACAAAUUCAUACGAGAUGAAGUGCAGUGUAUCGUAGCAACCGUGGCGUUCGGCAUGGGGAUAGAUAAGCCUGAUGUGCGAAAUGUCGUACAUUAUGGAGCGCCGAAGGAUAUCGAAUCUUACUAUCAAGAAAUAGGACGAGCAGGGAGGGAUGGCCUGCCAAGUACGUGUUAUGUGUUUUACAACAACGGCGAUUUUGUCCUUAACAAGCACUUCGCAAAUACAAUCACAAAUGAUAAGUUCAGAGAUCACAAAAUCAUGAUGAUACACAAGCUGGAGCAGUAUAUUGGCACAGUUUUUUGUCGAAGAAGGAUUAUAUUAUCUUACUUUGGGGAAACAUUGCCGCAAGAAGACAAAUUUGGGGAAGAAUGUUGUGAUAACUGUCAGAAAAGAUCCCUUGGCUUGAUCGCGAGUGAAGACGAAAGCACAGUUGAUUGCGGCAAAGAAGCGAAGCUAUUAUUUAGCGCAAUCAAGGAAAGUGGAGAUGGCAGUUACGGAGUUGGUAUACCAAUCAUGAUACUUCGAGGCUCAACAAACCGGCGUCUACCUCAGCGCCUAAUGCGAGGUGAAAAAUAUGGCAGUGGCAAGCAUCGCUCAGAGAAGUGGUGGAAAGCUUUUGCACGCCAGUUACUUUGUGAGAACUAUUUGACAGAGAAAGCUGUCGCUAAUGGAUGGGGCGCAACAACAGCUAUGACAGACAAAGCACGCAGAUGGCUGGAGUCAUCACGUGACGGUGAUGUUUGUAUGAAGUUGGAACCAAGCCAGGACAUGUUGGCUGAAGAGAGGAGUAAUUCACUAAACGUUACUUCGGUUGUGUCCUCCUCGCCUGACACAGUCAGAAAUACUGCCAACCCAGUCUUCGAAACAAAACGACGUCCUCUGCUCCAGACUCCCUUGGUCUCUAAGACCGAAGAUCCCAUCUCGUCAAGAGAAGCAUGUCUGGAGGGCACUCUAUAUAGGGAUUUGCUGAAAUUUCGUGGUGAAAUUGCUAGUCGUGAAAGUUGUGCGCCCUACAUGAUAGCCAAUAACAAACAGUUGAUUGAUAUCGCUAAAUGCAGACCGUCUUCAACCACGUCAUUGAUUCAAAUCGAAGGAUUCUCUAAGAAAAUGUGUGAAAAAUUUGGUCAAGAGAUUAUCGAUUUCGUGUUAAAAUUUUGCAAAGAUAAUGAUUUGUCUACGAAUAAAAAAGUUUCCUCAGCUAAGAAACCAGUUAUUUCUUCUGAAUUUUCACUGCCUGGGACAGUGUUCACCACAUACAAAGCAUUUAAUGAAGGAACGCUUUCGAUAGAAGAAAUUGCCAAAUCUCGCAACAUGGUCGCCAGCACUAUUGAGGGCCAUCUUUCUAUUGCUAUUAAAUCUGGCUAUCCGGUUGAUCUUAAACGAGCUGGUAUAACAGAUAAAAUGUAUGAGCAAGUCGUGAUGGCUUACAAGUCAGUCAAGUUUGGUCCAGACGGUUUCAAACUUGGUCCAAUCAAAGCGCAACUUCCAGACGUGAGUUAUGGCCAAAUUAAACUUGCUUUGGCUCAAAUGGGGAAAUCAACUGGCCAAGCAAUUCAUCAGACGAGUGUCAGUUCAUCACAGGGAACAAAGCGUAAACUACCAGAAAUUAUGAAACAUAAAAGCGACCCUUCAAGACGGCGUCUUAAAAUUUAGAUUUAUCUCAAACAGAUCAAAUCUAAAUAGUGUGUUCACAUUUUGUUGUUAAAUUGAGAGCUAAAUUUUAGCCUUUUUUAUUGUUGGUUCAUCACAAGCAACAAAGCAUAAACUAUUGGAAAUGAUGAAAAAUAGGAGUUAUCCUUUGAAACAGCGUCUAUAUAAAUUCAGAUUCAUUUCAAGCAAUUGAAAUCUAUAUAUGUAUUAAUGUGUUGAUAUUUGGUACAAGGAACAAAGCAUAUAAACUACCAGAAAUUAUGAAAAAAAAGAGUUAUCAAUUAAGACUACGUCUUUUAAUUCAGACUCAUUUCAAGCAGUCCAAAUCUAUAUAUAUAUAUUAGAGUGUAGAUAUUUGGUGUUACACGGAACAAGGCAUAA